AUGGCGUCCUUUGUGGAAGACCUGUGGUCCAGCAUUUUCACCCCCGGACCCACCCCAACCCUCCUGAUCGCGACCAACGUCGCCUUUGCCGCCCUCCAGGCCAUCUUCUUCGCCCUUCUCCUAGCCACCUACAGCCUGCACUUUGUCGCCCUGUCGAUUAUCAGCGGUGGACUAUGGUACUCUAUCAACUGGUUCGCCGCUGAGGUGAAACUCGCCCAGCAAGCACAGGAAGCCGAGAAGGAGAAGGAGAAGUUGGAGAAACCCCGCCUUCCCGACACCGAUAGUGAGACCGAAACCGAAGCUGUGAAAGAGGUCAAGGCCACGGUCACUGGGAGCUCAACACAUUUGCAUCCGGAGGGAGAUUCUAAGAAACGGCCCACUACCGGCGGAGAUGGCUCAGGCUAUGGAAGCACCGACAGCGAGUGGGAGAAGGUAGAUGACCAGUGA